AUGUCGUUUUCAUCGGGAACCGCGAAAAUUGUGUUUUACCCUUGCGGGAAGAGAGUUCAUGUGUGGACGUCAUGGAUUCUAGAAAACCCUGAGGCGAUACAAUGGCUGCAAAGAUUGGAAUGUAGGAGCAUAUCUGACUUAGGCCUGGUAGAAAAGUGUUAUUCGCUCCACUGUGAAGGAGAAACCGCCGGCCAUCUUCAUCAGAUCACCAUAUCCACUUUCCGACUUCUCGCCGGCGGUCGAAGGCUUGUUCAGGAGACCCUCUGCCAUCUUCAAAUAAUCCCCACCGCCGCCGGCGGACGGCUUCUCGCUCUCAGCACUCUCCUCAGCGGGAGCAGUUUCAGCAUCGGCGGCGGGUUUGUGCUCGCCGGCGGCGGAGGGGCUGGAGGUGCUGUACUUGCGGAGGUAGCUCUCAGCCUGGUCGAUGUAUUUUCCGGCGCCUUUGGUCUCGUCCAGCUUGCCUCGGAGGCGGCCUGGAGUAGGUCAGCGGCGGCGCCGGCGACUUUGUUCUUGUCGUACUUCUCGGGCUCGUGGCGGAAUUGGGCCUGGGCCGCCUCAGCGACGAGCCUGGCGCUAGCGAGGAGAUCGGAGUUUGAGGUGGGCUUGUGGUCGGGGUUGUUGGGCUGA